AUGGAUAUUGCUACCAAUAAUACAAUUGCUACGCUACUUCAUAAAUUAUGUGAAGGACUGUCAUCGGAACCAGAUAGCGCAUAUGAGCUUGCUCUGUCUUAUUUAACAUCAACUAGUGAAAAGAGUCGUUCAAGCCAAGAUGAGAGAUUGCUCUGUCAAAAGAUCCAUUCAAAAUUGGCCAGUGUGUCUGCCAAAGACGCGGAUAAAUUUAAUGAAUCAUAUGUCAAACUCAAAAAUUCAUUUGUGUUGAAGCAGCGUGUAGCCGUUCUAUCAUUACUCCUUGCUCUAUCGGACACUCCUCAACAAACUGAAUCUACACAUCAGUUAUUCCCUCUUCCCAAUCUUCCGACUGUUAAUUCUGGUUUGGGAGUCUCAGCAUCAAGUUCUAGUAAGAGUACAAUGGGAUCAAUGAGUUGGGGCAGUCAUGCUCCAAAACCACAGGGAUCUAAUCAGAGCUUACCCUCAAACAGUAGCAAUAUGAUUGUUGCAGUACAAUCAAAUGAUCGUUCUACAGAGCGUGCCUGUGUGCGUGAUGCGGUGUUGGCUGCUGCGGGUGUCAAGUCACGUGUUCCAGUAGCCUGGCCUCGACCAGCGCAGGCUCUGUACGCGCGUAUAGCUCACCUCGGCUUCUUACAUGAUCGGCUUAAGGAAUUUAUUGACCCAGCCUCCGGGCUUAUGCCGCAAGGUCUAAUGGGCGAAGGAUUGGUAUCUUCAAUAAGGGAUGAACUGACAGAAUAUUAUCGAAGUAUUGCGUUACUACAGUCUCAGGUAUGUGAGGGUGAUGGCGGUGGCGGCACCCUUCGUCGCGUUUGUGUAUGGGCGCAGGAGCCCCUUCAUCGACUGACCUGGCUCGCCUACAUAGCACACACAGCCCAUCAUAAAAAAGGUGGUGAGUUAGCGUCGUGUGUACAUCGCUUCGUACGUCACGGUGAUGAUCGUGUAUGUUCCUUGGCCCGCCGCCUGCUGACAGCGCUCACAUACCCCCUACUACUGAUGCUAACGAGAUGGCUUCUACAUGGUGAAAUAGACGACCCUUUCAAUGAAUUCUUCAUUGAAAGUAGAAGUGGAGUACCCAUCGAUAGGAUGUGGCACGACAAGUACAGAGUGAGAGAAUGGAUGGUGCCGUCGUUUAUGUCCCGGGAGCUAGCGUCUCAGAUCCUGGCGACUGGCAAGAGUGUGGUGUUCAUGAGAGAGGCGUGCGCUGAUGAACAAGCGCCGGCCGACCUCACACACCAGCGACAUCUACACGAUCUACUGCAACCACAGGCGACACCUGGUGGCGGUGAGCGUCCCGACGAGCGCGUGGUGUCGUGGUGGGAGACGGACGGUCUCCGUGAGGGCGUGUCCCUCGCUCACGGUGUAGCGUCCGCUCGGCUCCUGGGGGCGCUGUGCUCGCACCACCACCUGCUGGACCACCUCGCGGCUCACAGGCGGUACCUGCUGCUGGCUCAGGGAGACUUCGUGCAUCAUCUCAUGACGUUACUGCAGGAGGAGCUCAACAAGCCGGCCACCUCGUUAUACGUCCACAAUCUAACGUGCACUCUAGAAGCGGCGGUGCGUGCUACGAACGCACAAUUCGAGCCACCCCACGUGCUCGCCCGUCUACACGUCAAUUUAUAUCCGAACUGCGACGGACGGGAGGAUAGUGGAUGGGAUGUAUUCGCUCUACAAUAUCGUGUGGACGGACCGCUGGGUACCUUAUUCCCGGCCACGUGUGCCGCUCGAUAUAGAGCUCUCUUCACACAGCUGUGGCGUGUCAAGAGGAUCGAACACGCCCUGCAUCACGCCUGGCGCGACUACGCCAUACUACAGAAGAGACUUAAACACAUGCCCGAGGUGUGGGGUCUGAUGCGUCGCGUGUCGUGUCUCCGUGCGGAGGCGCUGCGUCUGUGUGGCGCCCUACAGGAGGCGAGCUGCGAGGGGGCGGAGACCGCGUGGGCCGAGCUACUGGCAGCCGCUUCUGAGAGGAGACACCUCGACACACUGCUGGCUCUACACCACCGAGCGCUGGACAGACACUCCAUACACGCCAUGAUACACCACACCACGCAGGAACUGCAGUCAUAUUUGGGCAAUGUAUUAAACGAAAUAUUAGCUCUACGAAGCUUCGAGACAACGCUUCACACUGGAAUUAGUGCGGAGCUUGAGCGACGAGACCAACUUAGAGAGUUGAAGGCUGAGAGAAUAUCACGAGGAGAAUACGCAUUCACGAGCGCCGACGAAGCGUUAGAUAAAGAAAAAAGGAAAAUAUUUCAACAGUUCUUAGCCAAUAGGAAGGCGGAUUUGAAUGUUUGGGCUAGAAGUUACAGGGGCCAUGUGACAACUCUGAUAUUAAAACUAGCGCUACACACGGAAGUGUCGCUACAGACGUUGGCUUUCCGCCUCGAUUACAGCGACUUCUACAAACGCGGGGACGCGAAACUUCAUGAACCGCUCACUUACCAACAUAAGAGAUUGAGCGAGAUAGGACUACACGCAGCGAGGAAUAAAUUGAUCGACCAUUCUAGAAAGAAGUGA